CUUUCCUUUCAGCACCCGUUGGGGCGGAAUGGACGAAAACAGCCAGCCUGUGGCUGUGCUGGUCCGCACCGAUGGUGCCCCGAAGACUGUGCCGCCGCUGAUUGUCUUCAGCAGUGUAAACUCUUCAGUGUCAGUUGGACGUGCUGAAAACAAUCAGAUCCCUCUGAAUGACAAAAAGAUCUCCAAGAAUCAUGCACUGCUCACCCUCCGGUCGUGCAAGCGCAAGGGCGCUCAGGAUGGGGAGGUGAUGAGGCGAGUGUUCAUCAAGGAUUCAUCCACCUUUGGCACCUUUGUGAAUGGCAAGCCGCUCAAAAAGGGUGAGUGGACCAUCCUUCAGGAGGGUGAUGCGAUAGGGCUGCGGAAUCCUCAUGGCAACCCCUCCAAUGGUGAGUACAAGGUUGUAUACCAGGAUGCAAUUGCACUGGUGAAUGGUGCUGUUUACCGUGGUGAGGUGCCGGUGAAAGCGGUUCCGGCUUCGGAGCCGUUGCAGAAGGCGCCGGCCCAGAAGCAAAAGCUGCCGGUGCCCCGCGUGAAGACGGAGAUCGAGGAGAAGCCCGACCGAAGCAAGGUGGCCGUGAAGGCCGAGCCGGAGGCUGGCAGCCCAGCAGGUCAGCCGGAGGCCGGCAGCCCGGUGAGUGAGGUCUCGGGUCCCAAGGCGGCGCCCACCAAGGCAGAACCUCAAGAGGAUGUGAUGAACCCCUUGUCCGAAGUCAGUGAGGUCUCUGCGCCUGAUGAGGAUGAGAAGACGGAAAAUCUUCCUGUGCCAGGUGCUCUUCCUGUCCCAGGAGCUCCUUUGAUGAUGAUGCCUGGCAUGGGCUUAGUACCUGGCAUGCCUUUUGGUCUACCAGGACUGGUUCCUGGCGCACCCGGCUUCCCUUUGGUGCCUCCCAGCUUCCAGCCAAGCGGCCCAAUGCCCAAUGCCGCAUUGCCUGGUGCGAAGGCAGGUCAAAAUGCCAAGGCUCCAAGCCAAGCAGUAGCAGCCAAGCCUGUGGUGAUGACUAUCGGUGCUGAGUUUGUGGGCAUGCUCAUUGGACGAGGAGGAGAAGUUGUGAAACAGCUCUCAACGGAAAGUGGGGCGAGAAUUGAGAUCUCCAAGACAGAGACUGAAGGUGGCAAGGCAGGCGAGCGUACUGUCUACAUCAGUGGAUUGCAGGACUGUGUCGACAAGGCCAAGAAGCUCAUCGAUGAUGCCAUUGACAAGGCCAAGGAAAGAACCGGCCAGGUGAAUCCGAAUGCCUGCACUCUGAAAGUGCCUCAUGAACUCAUUGGCAUGCUCAUUGGGAGGGGCGGAGAGACCAUCAAGGAGUUGAAGAAGGAAAGUGGCGCCCGGAUUGAUAUCAACAAAGAGCCAGAUGAUGAGGGCUCCCAAGAUCGGCAAGUCCACAUCACUGGGCCUCCAGAGUGUGUGGAGUAUGCCAAGAAGAUGGUGGAGGAGAUGUUGGGCAAGUCCAGGGAGGGCCUGAGGGUCAAAGUGGAGGAUGAUGAAAGGGAUGGAGAUGGGGUUCCCAGUGGAAAUGCUCGUUCCAGUCGUGUGAUCAAGGUGCCAACGCAUAUGAUUGGUGUCCUGAUAGGCCGAGGUGGAGAGACAAUCUCCAAGAUUCAAAAGGACUCGGCUGCUCGAAUUGAGAUCAACAGGGAUGACAAGGAUUCGAAGGAACGCAGUGUGACCAUCACUGGCACAGGAGACAAUGUUGAGAGAGCGAUCCGGGCCAUUGAUGAUGUUCUGGAAAGCUCCGGCAAGGGUCGAAGACGAAGAGAUGCCGAUGCCGAUGAAGGUGCGUUGGUGCCGCUCGAUCGAAAGCCCUCUCCUGUGAAAGACAGCUGGGUUCCUGAGAAGGUCUACAUCGAUGAAGUUGAGAUGCCUUAUAGACCGAACUAUGUUCCUGAGCACGAGGAUGGCUUGCCCACCGACCUGGAAAUUUUUGUCAAAGGCCUUCCAAAGGUCUGUGCCGAGCGCGAUCUGUGGGAGCACCUUUACAGGCUAGGGGCGACUGAUGUGAAGGAGAUUCUCCUCCUGCGUCGCCAGAAGCAACCCAAGGGCAUGGCAUAUGUGGUCUUCAAUCGGCAUGACCAUGCUGUCCUUGCCAAGAACAAGCUCCACAACAUGCCAGCCUCUUCGAUCCCCUGCGGGGGUGAGACACCCAACGAGGACAAGCAACUGCUGCAGGUGCGCUUCUCCGAGUCCGAGCGGUGCAUCAAUGGGCGGAGCAAUGUCUAUGGUGCCGACAUGGCCGUGUUGCUGAUGGGCCCUCGUGGUCGAGCCAUGUUGGAGGUGAAGGAUGCUUCAGGCCUCCGCAAGGUGACGCUCACGGGGCGCAACAUGAAGACCUAUGGCCAAGUGGACGAAGACCCUCGGAUGCAUAUGGUCGUCUAUUACGAGACCGAUGAGGUGGAGAAUGUGACGAAAGCCAUUGAUUUGUGGGGGAAGCAGCUGGGUGAAAUCCAUCGAGAGAUUGUGGAGCGAAGCAAAGGGAAAGGGAAGGGGAAGGGUUGGCCACCUUGGCCUCCCUUUCCGCAUUACCCACGGCCCCAUGGCCAUCCCUAUGCACCUAUGCCGCCUCAUAUGCAUGGGCCUCCAAUGCCCCACAUGCAUCCUCCACCAGAGCCCAUCGUGGAAGCUCCGGUGAUCCUUACUCGUCGGCGGCGGGAGGGUGACGAUGGCUCCGAGAUGAGUCGCGAGAAAGUCAUGGAGGCCACAAGUUUGCGUGGCCGAGAAUUGAGAUGGCAACCUUGGCCGGAUGUGAGCAAGUUCAAUGGGGAGUGGAAGGUCAUCCCUUUGAGAUGGGGCCUUCGUGGUGAGCUUUUUGUUCUUCUUCGCCACCGCGAGUCGGGAGAAACCAAGGUUUGUGCCGCUGAAGUGCAAAAUCCUUUAGAGAAGUGGCCAGUCUUGCACACCAACUCGGGCCCUUCAUCCCCAUCUGCCAAGUAUAAGUCUUUCACCUUCAAUGAACACCUCUUUGUGAUUUCGAUUGACCGGGAGUCCGGCACCUUGAAGGUCUUCCAUGUGCCUGACCCGGGCGCCUCGUGGAAUGUGGCCUUUGAGACGACCCUGCCCGAAGAUCCCCGAGAUCGGCAGGACUUCCCGGUGAGUCGCUUUGCCAAGCUCUGCGUGUUUUACGGAGCCGAUCGGAUACCAUCGAUCAUUGCCGUGGAGCCCAAGGCGCAGGGUGAGCGCCAUUGCUCGGUGUUCCGCAUCAAAGAUCCUGCUGUGGCUUGGACUCCUUGUUCCGAAGCUCCGGCACUGCCGGCCAAGGUGCGGCUUUUGAUGGUCUACACCAAGGCGAGGACACCAAGUCCAGACUUCGAGGCCUGCCUCUUUGCCAUUGCAUCUGGGGAGAUUACCGUUUACCAGGUGCCUUCUGAUCUAGACAAGCCCUGGGUUUCGAUCUCUAGCUUGCCAUUUCCGGAUGACACGCGCCUUAGCUGCAUCUAUGUGCCGGGCAAACCGGAGCCUUUGCUCAUGGCGGGAAGCCCCACGGAAAAGAUGCAGAAGCUGUGCCAUCUGAAUCUGAUGGAAUGGCGCUUAGCCAAGCAAGAUGAGCGGAUGCCUCCACCCAAGGUGCCAGUGGUGGAGGAGAAGUUUAGUCGACCCAUGUCCUCCUUAUGGCCAGACAGCCGGGAAGGGCGAGAUCCACAAACUGUGGUCGCACUGCCUGUGGAUUGCACCGCUGAUUUGGCUGUGAGCCGACAUAGUUGGGUCACCACGCCAAUCUUGCCUCCUGGUGGGGAAAUGGGCCCACCACCGUUGCCUGUGGGACACCGGCCUCCGUUCGAGUACCGUCCAGGCCCACCACCAGGCUUCGAAGGAAGAGGGCCAAGGCCUCCUUUCGAGUUUGCUCCCGGUCCACCUCCUGGCUUCGAUGGACGGCCACCUCGGCCACCCUUUGACUAUCAUCCACCACCUGCCAGGCCACCCUUUGAUGGUCCUCCACCGGGUUUCGGCUACAGGCCACCCUUUGAUCCAGGUCCCCCUCCCGGCUUUGAUGGCGCCGAGCCGCCCACCCACCGGCGGCGCCGGCACCGGCACCGGCGCGGGGAGGGGGAAGGGGAUGGUGAAGGACGAAAACGGCGCAGAGCCGAGAAGGCUGAGAAAGCCGAGAAGGUCGAGAAAAGCGAGAAGGAAGAGAAGGCUGAUGGGGAGGAAGAGGCGGCCGAGCCAAAAGAGUCAAAGAGGCGGCGGAGGCAUGAGAGGAAAAAAAGUUCAAACAGUUGAGGUAUGGAUGGAAGAUCUUGCAGCCUGACUUAAUCAUUAGCGGAGUAAAAAGUUGCGCCCUGCAGCCCAGCUGCACGCAUGAUUUGGCUUUAGUUUGACAGUUGUUUUGCUGCGGUUUGCCUGAAGCGCUGCAUGAAUUUCAGGGUAGGGCAUCGUUUGUAAACAGGCUUGUCCCAACUUGUCAUGCGCACUCAUGCAAACCAACCUUUGACUGCGUCCAUGCAGAAUUAAUUAUCACCUUCUUUCUCUUCACAGGUCACGACGGGCCAGCUCCAUGGAUGAGACCAG